UUUGUAAAACGUACAGUCAUUGUGUGGCUAUCAGACUCAGUAGUUAUCUAAAUUUUAUAGCGAGAGGUACUAACCGUGCGCAAGGUCUUUAGUGUUGUUCCAAAAUGGCAAAACCCAUAUUAUAUGGUUCAGAAAUGAGCCCCGCGGUUCGAGCAGUAUUCCUUACGGCAGCGGCUAUUGAUUUGGAUUAUGAAUUUAAAGAAAUUAACGUUCAAACCGGUGAAAAUAAAUCCGAAGAGUUCUUGAAGAAAAAUCCUCAACAUACCAUUCCUACCCUCGAGGACAACGGAAAGAUAAUAUGGGAUAGUCAUGCGAUUAUCACUUUCUUAGUUGGAAAGUACGCGAAGGAUGACUCGCUAUAUCCGAAGGAUUUAUACACAAAGGCUGUAGUUGAUCAAAGGCUACAUUUUGAAAGCAGCGUUCUUUCUAUUAAAAUUCGAGCUGUUACUAACGCUUUGAAGCAAGACAAUCCUGAAGCUACUCAACAGAGCAAAGAAGCCCUUUACGAGGUCUACGGUUUUCUGGAGAAGUUCCUUGCCAAUGGCCCCUGUAUGGUUGGGAAUUCAUUAACUGUUGCUGAUUUCUCCAUCCUCAGUAGUCUAUCAAGUGUGAAUCUAAUCGUGCCUGUGGAUGCUGCCAAAUUUCCCAAACUUGCAGAAUGGUUAGGACGGAUGGAGAAGCUGCCCUUCUACUCCAAAGCCAAUGGCAUAGGAUUGAAAAAAGUAGCUCAAUUCAUAGAGAAACUGAAAGCUGCAAUUGCAGACAAAAAGUGAUAGUCAUUCAUCAAUUAUGAACAUUAUGUAGCUCUAGAAUGCGAUAAUAAAGUGAAAAUAAUUCUGACAAAGAAAA